AUGUCGAAUAACGUGACCAACUCAUACAUAUACGUUUCCAGUGAUGGAGAAAAUAGUACUCGAGAUGGAUAUUCUGAGACUAUAAAUGGUACUACUAUACCAGAAGAUACAGUAAGAAUACUUAGUCUUGCUAAAAAUUUGGAUCGAGAGAAGGAACAGGACAGUUCUAGAGGAAUUGGAAGAGGCUUGGAUGACUUAAGUUUGAAUAGUGAAGUCAUGAACUCUGUGAAUUUGGACACUCCAGUGAAAUCAAGAGAACCUUUAAAACCUGUGCAUAGUUCCCAGAUUAAUGGACAACAUUCAAUAUAUAAGAAUACAAAUCCUAUCAUUCAACAAUUAAAGAAAAAUGAUAAUGACGUAUCACUAAUGUUUUCAUCCCAUUCCACUCCAUUAAUAUCAAGAAUUCAUCAUCCUGGUUUAGCAACCGAUACAAGAAGAGGUCCAGAUAAUAUUAAACUUUCAGAUAUCAAUGAACAUGAUAAUUCGGAGCCCAUUGCCAAGAUCCAAGAGUCUAUGGAUGCAGUACAGAAUCAGUUCAAUAACCUUAAGAAGAGAAGUACUGAACAACAAAGAUCAUUAGUAUAUCCCACCACCACAGAAGAUGAAGACGAGGGAGACGAUGAAUAUGAUAAGGAUGAAGGAGAUGAUGAUGAUUUAAGUCUUAGUAUUCCCAACCCUCAUCGUCAUCAAGUUUAUCCUUAUGAUCAAUUAGGACUGAGUUAUAAAUCAAAUAAAAACUUUCCUACGGUUGAUAGUAAUGGCAGUUUCCAAAAUCAGUCUAGGCCACAUUCAGAACAUCAAAAGCAUCAACCAAGAUUUACAGGAUACCCAAUAUCUACAACCAUUGAUGAAGAAACCCCAAGAACUACACCUCCACGAUCCCAAGAGGAAAUUAAUUCGAAGUUAUUUAACCUUAGUUUGAAUGAACCUGAAGAUAUUAAACGUUAUGAUGAAGCCUUCAGAACUAUCACAACAUUAAAGGAAUCUCUUGAAUAUCAAAAAAAUAUGACAGACAUGUUAGCUAAAGAGGUUGCAAAACUAAAAAAGAAUUUGGCGCCUGAGCUUAUAGAGGAUAUUGAAGUACCGUAUCCUAUAGAGUUGAAUCUUGAUGAAUCGUCCCGAUUAUUUGAAAAACAGAUAGUUGAUCAAAAUAAUGAUAUUUCGAACAAAGUUGAAAAUGAAACAAAGUUGGAAAAUGGGAAAUUGCGAGUUGAGAAUAAGAAUUUGAAUAAAGAAGUUGAAUUAUUAAAGACUCAAUGUCAAGAAUUAUCUAAUGAAGUCAAAUAUCUUAGAAGUAAGAGUGAAUCUAAGGAAUCAGGUCAAAUGAAAAGAGUUCCAACGGUCAGUAAUGAUUAUCAAUCAGCAUCAGGCAUUGCUACAUCUGUUACUGAAGAAGAUGAAGAUACUGAUAUUUGCAUACCAAUCAAGAAUCCUAAAAUGGAAACUUUUAAUAAGACCGAGCCAAAGGAAUCCGAAAAAGUCCAACAACCAUCACCACCACCACCACCACAACAACAACAACAACCAAAGUUAGGACCCACUAGUGAUAAUGCUUCUGGAAGCAAUGUCAAACAAAUGGUUAACGAAGUUGAACUUCUCAAUCUCAAAUCUCUAGUGGAGGAAUUACAGAAAGAAAUUGGAGAUAAGCUGAUGCUAAUUACUGGUAAAGAAGGAACUGAUUCAUUUUAUCAAAGAUACAAUCUUGACAAGGUUGAUAAAUUAACCAAAGUGAAAAUGUCCAAUAUUAUCAAGGAAACAAUGAUGAUUUUAUGUAUCGGAGAAGAUUUUGAAUCUAAUAUUAGAGGUAUCGGUCAAUUUAUGACAAUUAGUCGUCAAUUUCUUGACAAUUUACAUAAGAUCUUAUACGAGAACAAUGACAUUGUACCAUCUGAUUAUUUAAAGAGAGGGGGGAAGCCUGAAAAGAAUUUAGAACAUUUAAAUGAAUGUUUGAGAGAAAUGCUUCAGACCGUUUCCGGGGUGAUAAAGGAAAAUGAUAUUAAUCAGAACAAUUUUAAAUAG